AUGUUAAACUCUACACAGGUUUCGCAUUUCACACUGGCUGCCUAUUUCGAUACGGGGGGGUUUAAAUACUUAUAUUUCAUGGUUGUUAUGUCUUUAUAUGUUUUCAUAGUUAGUGCUAAUGUGUUGCUCAUCGUGGUUAUCGGUAGUAACAGAAGCUUACAUGAACCUAUGUACCUUUUCCUGUGCAGCCUGUUUGUAAAUGAACUGUAUGGUAGUACAGGGUUGUUUCCAUUCCUUCUGGUUCAGAUCCUCUCUGACAUUCACACUGUUGCUGCUCCGCUCUGCUUCACACAGAUCUUCUUCGUAUAUUCUUAUGGAAAUAUAGAGUUUUUAAACUUGAUCAUCAUGUCUUAUGACCGAUAUCUGGCCAUCUGUUAUCCUCUACAGUAUAACACAUGUAUGACCUGGAACAAGGUGGUUGUGCUUAUUGCUGUAAUAUGGUUGCUCACAUUUCUUGUGAAUUUUGUUACACUGACUUUGAUAGUCCCUUUACAGCUGUGUGGGAACGUCAUUAACAAAGUCUACUGUGAUAACCACUCCAUAGUUAAACUGGCCUGUUAUGACACUACAGUUAAUAACAUUUAUGGACUCAUUGUUUCUUCACUCGCCAUCUUUUGUCCUCUGAUUCUGAUCUUGUACUCGUAUAUAAAGAUCCUUAAAGUGUGUUAUUCUGGUAGUAAACAGACCAGACAGAAAGCUGUCAGUACCUGCACACCUCACCUGGCUUCUCUGCUCAACUUCUCCUUUGGAGCUUCUUUUGAGAUAUUACAGAGCAGAUUUAAUAUGAACAAUCUCCCCAACAUGUUGAGGAUGUUUUUAUCUUUAUACUUUCUAACAUGCCCGCCGCUGUUCAACCCUGUAAUGUACGGCCUCAAACUGGCCAAAAUACGUGUCGCAUGUAAACGUGUGAAAUUAAUCACGUUAAUACGUCUCUGA